CCCAAGAUCAAUUGCCUUGGUAACACAACCAGAGAGGGAGAGGGGGGAGAGAAGGAGAGAGAGAGUGAUAGAGAGAGGAAGAUACAUAGAGAGAGAGGGAGAGAGAUUUGUGCCCACAAUGGCGACUGUAGGUAUGCUAAAUACCUCUGGUUCCUUAUCCGGGAACUACCUCUUACCCCGCGAUUGGGCCACUGGGUCACGUGGUAAAAGUAACUUUACAGGGCUGCUCGCAAGUAGGAGGGCUUUAUGGAGCAGAAAAACGACAAAGCUAGAAAAAUUAUUUUCCACUCCAGAAAUUAAUGAUCAUGAGCUCGUAUUUGAUGGAGUCUAACUACAUUGAUCCGAAAUUUCCUCCAUGCGAGGAAUAUUCGCAAAAUAACUACAUCCCCGAGCAUAGUCCAGAAUAUUACAGCCGUGCGAGGGACUCUGGCUACCAGCAUCACCACCAGGAGUUAUAUCCUCCGCGGGCGAGCUACCAAGAGCGCCAGUAUAACUGUGCAAGCAUCCCUGAACCUGACACGCCACGGGGACAUGGAAUACCCCAAUCUGCGCACCUGCUGACAGGGAAAGGGCAGCCUGCUUCAUGUGAAACCCCACAGUUGUCCAUGUCCCCCGCCACCCCACCGGCCGCCACCUCCGCCUGCAACCAAGCCACCCCGGAGCAUCCUAACAGCACAGCCUCCUCCAAGCAGCCGGUGGUGUACCCGUGGAUGAAGAAAAUUCACGUCAGCACUGUGAACCCGGGGUACAAUGGUGCGGAGCCCAAGCGGUCGAGGACAGCUUACACCAGGCAGCAGGUCUUAGAAUUGGAGAAGGAAUUCCACUAUAACCGAUAUUUAACUCGGCGGAGGCGCAUCGAGAUUGCGCACACCCUGGUUCUCUCCGAGCGACAGAUUAAAAUCUGGUUUCAAAACCGCAGGAUGAAAUGGAAAAAGGAUCACAGGCUGCCGAACACCAAAGUGAGAUCCUCCUCCUCCUCGUCCGGCUCCAACACAGGCUCAGCAGCCGGCGCUGUAGCCGCUGCAUCGGCCACUAACACAGGGGCCCCCGACGAACUGACCGGAGCGCAGCAUGGCGAGGAUAUUACCAGGUUAUAAACCCACGAGCCAGAAAAAGAACUGGUUAUUUAUAGAACAAUUCUAUAUUUUGUUUUGGUAGCUAUCUUGUGCGGUUUCCUCUAAGUCCAAAGUUAUAUAAAUUGCAUGUUAUAUAGCAUGGAUUACUGCGAACACCGUUGAAUUAUUUUUACGUGACACAGGGUUUAAUUUAUUUGAUGCUCAAUUAAAAUGUUUUUUAUUAAAAAAUGUUUUGAAUGAAGGAACAAAAAAAGUAGAAAAAAAUAUACAUUUUAUCAAAAUGUUAUUGUGGGCCGUUAUUUUGCCCUGCUGCCCAAUAAGGUGAAAUGCACAAUCUAUUUAUUUCAAACAACACUGGAAGGAAAUCACUAUAAUAAUAGUUAUUUUUGGUAUAUAAAAAAGCUGGAACACACCAUUGAUCUUGAACUUGUCUGUUUUGGAUUAUGUGUGAAAUUACCUCGUGUAUUUCAGAAAACAGGAGUUUAUUUGCAGUUUAGUUUUGUGGUGUUGAUGUUGUGUUUUAGACCGUUAAAAAGCAGAUUAUUGUGAAAUGCAAUAAACGGAGUGUAGUGUACUUGUGCUAAUCAUAUUGGUCAAUAAAACAGUGAGUGUCUACUAGUUUUAAA